ACAAGCAGCGGAACGAGUCUCCAACAAACCACUCGGAGUCGGAGCACAUCACUUUUUUUAUGACUUAAAACUCACUGAACUUCAACUGUUGAUGAAAGGAUGAGUUGAUGAAAUUCAGAGGCUAGUAAGCUUUAAUUGGUUGAUCCACGACUACUUUGUCUCUCACUCUCUUCAGCUUCAAUAGUAAUCGUUGGAAUUCAGAGAUUGAAAGGAAGUCCUUUCAAGCUCUAACUAAGGCUUUCACUCAAGUUGAAAAUGCUACCUUCGAAACUGAUAAUUCUGUUGUUAAAACUGAUUUGCAGUUUGGUUCGGUUCCUGUGCAGCUCACCUACCUCUCCAGAUUUCUCUCAUCUCUGUCAGUGUCAAAAAGCUGAAUACAAAAAGAAAUAGAUUAUUAGGGCAUCAACUCUUCCUCGGCAUUUUCAAGAUUCAUUUCCCAAUUUUAAGUUACAAAUUAUAUUCUCAUGGAUUGCUGAUUAAAGAUCUGCCUUAACUUCCAUCAAUCACUGGUUCAGGUUUGUAUGUUUGUUUGGCAGGGAAGUUCACUUUAUCAACUUACUUCACUGAUGGAAAGAGAAUUGCCUGAUGGAGUUAUAGUAUCUGAGAUCUUAACAAGAGUGUCCCUUGCUGCUCUUCUACGCCAAUUUCAAUGGGUUUGCAGAGAUUGGCAUAACUGUAUUCAUGAUAGCAAGUUUCAGCUCAUCCACUCUCAGAAGACUCCUGUUGUUGCAUCAGGUUUUUUUGUUCUCGUUGAACGUUCUAUCGAGAACAUAUCUGAUUCUAACAUAUUCUUCCCAUUCAACAAUGAUCCUUCUAAUCCCUCGAAUAAGAAUCCAUCUCCUUCUCUCGACUUUCUACCAUCACCCGUUGCGAUUGCAGGUUCCUCUCCUUUUGGUUCCCUGCUUUGUUGUGUCACUCUUGAUAAACUACAGACAGGAAAGAGUAUUCCAAUGUUCUACAUACGUAAACCAGCAACUCGAGAAUGGAGAAAGAUACCAAACCCCAAAACCAGAUUUCCUGAUGUUGGAAUGAGAAUAGUGGUGAUGCAAACUUACCCUACGUUGCAGUAUAAGAUAGUUCGUAUUUCAGCUACCAGUGAUGUGAUUAAGUACUGUUGUGAGCUGUUUGAUUCAGUCACCUGGGCUUGGAAGAGAUUGCCCAAUUUGAAAUCUCUUAGUGGCUUGGUCGAUCGGUUUGGUGCUGUUCUAAUUAAUGGGUGUUUGCAUUGGAUGAACAACCGGCGUCAAACACAUGUUUUUUCCAUAGAGCAAGAGAAGUGGAAUGCAAUUAUCCAUCUUCCGCCUGAUAUCGUAGAAAGUGAAUUAGAUAUUAGGUAUUUAUUAAUCUUGGUUGAUGGAAAGAUUGGUGUUCUGAUCAGUAACAGGGAGUGGACUGAAGUUUGGGUAUUAGAGAAUUACUACAUUCAUACUAGCUGGAAGAGAAAGUUCCGCAAGGAUUUGAGAGCAAUCAGUUGCGAGGUUGGGGGUGUAUGUUUACCACUAGCUAUGUCAUCGACUGGCAUCAUCUUUAUGCUUUGUCGGUGUCCAAACAGGCGCUGCUGCGCCAUAACGUACAACACCAAUGAUGAUGCUUACACCUCGGUGCCCUUUCCAUCAGAUGCGAGAUCGUUUCUUGGUUUUCCAUUUGAAUCAAGUUUCUGUUACAUAUAAAAGACAAACAGAAUGAAGCUCUGACAGCAGCAAAAACAAAAAGUCAAGCAGUUACGGAAAUUUGGUUGAUUUCAGCCGCUCUGCAUUGGUGUAACAAUUUGCUAGUUCAUAGCCUCAUGCCGCACCAAACCCUGGAGAACCCAAUGUUCUGCCUAGCUAAUUUGGGCCUUGCAGGAUUAUGGUAACUAAUUUAACUACCAAAACAGUAAAAAAUAGGCAAGAAAUGACAUGUAUUUCUCUCCACCAUUUCAAGUAUAAGACUAAUAUUAGAAUUUGCUAAUA